AUGCGUUCUGCCAUCUUUACAACCCUCCUGAGCGCUCUGCCUGUGGCAGUCCUCGCCCAGCAAGAAUGUAUCGACAAUGACAUCCCCUUCUUCGGAUGUGCUCCUCUCGGCGCAUACUAUCCCCCGCCCACCAUAUCCAAGACUUCGAAGACAUUCAAGAAUCUCAUCUCACAGUUCACCAAGACGUUCGACGAUCUAAUCAAGAAUGGUGGCAGCGAGAAAUAUGGCGAAAUUGCCCCAAACACCACGUCCUUCUCGGUCAUCAUAUUCGGUGGUGAUGAGUCUCUCCGAGAUGACCCUGUCUUCUUCGAGUACCAUUACACCUCUCCCGAAGAUCAGGCAUCCAACGACAAUAUCACCUUGACUACCAAAUUUCCCCUCGGUGAUGUUAGUAUGGUGUUCACUGUAUAUGCUUGGUUGGCCAAGAUGGGUGAGCAGUGGGAAACUCCUAUCACCAAGUAUCUUCCUGAGCUGGCCAAUGUCAAGGGCUCUCUUAAGGUCGCCUGGGAUGAAGUAACCAUUGGUGCUCUUGCGGGCCAGGUUUCUGGUCUCAGUCGUGAAUCUAAGGCCUGUGUUGUCGGAGAGCCUUGUGACUGGAAGGCAUUCGAGAAGGCCUUUGCCAAAAAGUCCCCUUACUUCCUUCCCGAUACGACCCCAAUUGCUUCCUAUGCCGCAUUCCAGCUACUGGCUUUUGCCAUGCAGCGCAUUGAUGGCGCUGAAUGGUCUUCUGUUCUUGAAGAUACUCUGCUGAGUCCAUUGACCAUGACCUCCAGUGGCGUUUUAAGCCCCAAGAACAAGGACAUCUUCGCCAUGGACAGCCUCAACACUUCUCUCAUUGGAGAGCCUGCUGCCCUGUCUUUCGUUAGCUCCAUGAAGGAUCUCGCUCGAGCCGGCCACUCUAUCCUCGCCGCUGAUCUUCUCUCACCCGCCAUUACUCGUCGCUGGCUUCACCCCAUGGCGGACACCUCCAACCUUCGCAAUGGUGUCGGUCGUCCUUGGGAGGUUUAUCGUGCCGGAAAGAACAUCCGCCCCAUCAUAGAUGUCCUAACCAAAAGUGGUGCUAUCGGAAAGUAUGCCAGCUACUUCGGCCUCACGACGGACUUCAACGCUGGCUUCGCCAUCCUGGCCCACGAUAGUAGUGUUGAGGAUCGUAAGCUCGACCUCAACGUGAUUGCCGAUGUUGUUAGCGAGGUGCUUGGCUACUUCCAGCAGAUCGCCCACCAAGAAACAGAAGUUCGCUACGCCGGCAAGUUUGAGAGCAAGCAUGCUCAGGCAACUUUCAACACGACUGACAAUGGCCAUGGUCUGGUAGUCCAGAAGCUCAUGAUCAACGGUGUGAAUGUCAAGGAUCAAACUGCCCAGAAGCUUGGCAUCCAGGCUAAGAACCUAGACUUCAGACUUUACCCUUCCAACGUCCAAACGGGUAGUCAGCACCAGUGGAUUGCUGUUUUCCAGGAUAGAAGUGCUCUUAUUGAUGCGGGUACCCCUACUUGUACCACUUGGCAGGAAGUUGGCGCUGGUGUGGAAAUCCGUGUUGUUUUCGCCACAGACAAGAAGGGCAAUGUGGUUGGUGUUGAGAUCCCCCAGUUGGAUGUCAAGAUGAAGCGAGCCAGUUGA